GUCACAGUGCGGCGCGCCCAGCACCUGCACAGAGCGAGCAUCCAUCCUGCACGAGGACUUACAAAGGCAGUCAGAUGAAGCUUAGUGCUCGUGUUGUAUUAUUUAACUUUCAUUUAAAUGUGCUGCCGGAUUCUGGAUUUUAUUAGACAAUCCUCGGACUGAAAUUGAUUACAAGGAAUCUGGAUUAUUCCCGGUCAUAGCGGCGGCGCUUACCGGAUGAUUGCACUGCCUUUUAUUGUGGUGUGAACUGUUCCUGGAAUAAUCUAUUGCAGAAAGGAGAGGUGCAGGUAUUAGACAUUGUGUUAAAGUAAAUCAUGCUCGCGUGCCGCACGACGCCCCUCUCUCACCGGGGGUUGCCCCGCCGUCUGAGCUUUCCCCGUGUCGUGUAGACCAAGGAGCCGGUGAACAAAAAAAAGUGCAUAGUGCUCUCACUGCAAGACAUAAAUCACCGAAACGUGUUAAGUAAGGUCGAAAUGGCUCUGAACAGAAGCAUCGAGCUGGAGCACUUUGAUGAACGGGACAAGGUUCGGCGCACGACCCGCGCCACCGGCUCCGGUUCUCAGUCCGGGUCCCGGGCGAGCAGCCUGGUUCCCAGCCCCGCGCAGAGCGCCAACUGCAGCUUCUACCGGACCCGCACACUCCGCGCGCUCAGCUCCGAGAAGCGUGCGCGCAAGGUGCGCUUUUACCGCAACGGGGACCGCUACUUUAAGGGGCUGGUAUACGCCGUGUCCAACGACCGCUUUCGGUCUCUGGACGCGCUGCUGGCUGAGCUGACGCGCGCGCUUACCGACAACCUGCACCUGCCGCAGGGCGUCCGCACCAUCUACACGGCGGACGGCAACAAGAGGGUGACGAGCUUAGACGAGCUGGUGGAAGGUGAGUGCUACGUUUGUGCAUCUAAUGAACCCUACAGGAAAGUGGACUACACUAAGAAUGUGAACCCUAACUGGGGCUCUCGGCUGGCGGGGACUGGCGCGGUGGCCGGGGCCUGCCGUCAGGGUUCACUCGGGGGCCAGCGGGGACUGGGGGAAGGCAAAGAGAGCAAAGACUUUAUCAAACCUAAGCUGGUGACGGUGAUCCGGAGCGGAGCGAAGCCUCGCAAGGCUGUCAGAGUGCUGCUGAAUAAAAAGACGGCUCACUCUUUCGAGCAGGUGCUGGCUGACAUCACAGAGGCCAUUAAACUCGACUCUGGAGCCGUGAAGAAGCUGUACACGCUAGACGGGAAGCAGCUGACGAACCUGCAAGACUUUUUUGGUGAUGAUGACGUGUUUAUCGCAUGCGGUCUUGAGAAGUUCCGCUACGCUCAGGACGACGCUGCGAUCGGACAUGCAGGGAAAGCCUCGGCCGCUGCGUUCGUUAACGAGUGUAAGAUGAAAUCAUCCAAGUCUUCAGCUCCUAUGAAGUCCCCUAGAAGCUCUGGCAUUUUCAGGUCAAAAUCACCUGUCACCGAGGAUUCAAGGAGUCAGAGCCCGACUGCCAGGUCGCCGAAAUCCCCGAUCAGCCCAGCAAGUCCACGCAGCCAGAAGAUCUCUUCCCGUCAUGUGUCUCCUUCCCCUCCUCCCUCUGGAGAACUGAAUGGAGAAGAGGACUUGAGCCCAGAAGUAAAUGGAAAUAAGCCGCAGUCCUCCAUCAUCACCGAUAAAUACGAAGUGGGGAAAGUCAUCGGAGACGGAAACUUCGCGGUGGUCAAAGAGUGUGUGGAGCGGGCCAGUGGGCAGGAGUAUGCUCUGAAGAUCAUAGACAAAGCCAAAUGCAGUGGGAAGGAACAUCUGAUAGCCAACGAGGUGGCGAUAUUACGCCGGGUUCGGCACCCCAGCAUCAUCCUGUUGAUUGAGGAAGUGGACACGCCAACAGAGCUCUACUUGGUCAUGGAGCUUGUUAAAGGCGGAGAUUUGUUUGAUGCCAUCACCUCUUCAACAAAGUACACAGAAAGAGACGCCAGUGCCAUGGUGUACAACCUGACUGGAGCUCUCAAAUACCUGCAUCGCAUGAGCAUAGUGCACAGAGAUAUUAAACCAGAGAAUUUACUGGUGUGUGAAUAUCCUGAUGGAACCAAGUCUCUGAAGUUGGGGGAUUUUGGUCUGGCCACUGUAGUGGAGGGGCCACUUUAUACCGUGUGUGGAACACCCACUUACGUCGCACCUGAGAUUAUUGCAGAAACAGGGUACGGUUUAAAGGUGGAUAUCUGGGCAGCUGGUGUGAUUACAUACAUCCUCCUGUGUGGUUUUCCUCCAUUCCGGAGUGAGAGGAACCAGCAGGAGGAGCUGUUUGAGCAGAUCCUACGGGGUCGCCUGGAGUUUCCCUCCCCCUACUGGGACAAUAUCAGUGCCAUCGCAAAGGACCUGAUUGGUAAAAUGCUGCAGGUGAAUGUGAGUGCACGCUACACAGCAGAGGAGGUUUUGUCACACCCAUGGGUCCUGGAUGAUACCAUGCUGGAGAACAACAUGAUGUGUGAGACAUUAGGUGCAGUCAAAACUGAACAUACACCUGGCGGCACUGCGACAGAAACACAAUUAUGUGAGCUGCAAGGCAACGAGCAAAGCUGAAGGUAAACAACAAGAGGACCAGCAAAAGAGAAGCUCACUGUUUACCUGCUCAAUCAACAAAAACCUAAAGGAAAACUUUACCCAGAAAUGCGAACAUGGCUGACAGGAUGCUUAGUAGAGAUAAGAACAGUGCUACUAGCUUCGGAUUCAGAGUCCUUCAGAGUCGAGUUAAACGCGUGUAACAUAAUACAGAAAUUAAGACCACUUAGUCUUAUUUACAAAACACACACACAAAAAAACACUAUUUCCUUUAGGGGCUUGUUGAACAUCCCCGACUAAAGGAAAUUCUGCCAAAGUCAGAGGUUUGACCUACAUGGGGCUGUAACUUGGUGGGAAAAAUCCGACUUAAGUGUGUCUGUAACCCAACUCUGAAUACAAGGAACGUUCCCUCUCACUGACUGGCUCAAUGUGAGCAUUUCUGGGUGAAGUACAUGUUUAGAGCUUGAUGCUAGACUGCAAAGUCCACUGAGCUGUUAUUAAUUACACCAGACCAGCAAGACCUCUCUUUCUCCCUGUCUCUCUCUCCCUCGUUCUCUCUCUCGUACUUCUGACCCUGUCUCAUUUGAUCUUCAUCUCAGCUGAACAAAUGCCUUCCUCCCAACCGUUAUGACCUUUUUUUUUUCUUUGUUAGAAGAGGUGAAUCAUUAAAGGACUUCAACAAACUGCACAACAACAAUAUGGCAAAAACUGACACAAGACCAGACCCUGUAUUCUCCAAGCUCAUGCCUAUGACGGGACCUGGUGCGUGAUCGCUUGCAGAUUCUCCAAACAAACCAGCAACCUCGUUUCUACUCCGCUGUGCCAUUCUUUUCCAAGCGCUCUCUUUUUCUGUAUAUACAGUGUCUUGAUGUGAAAAACCAUUGAUCCGAGUCAGUAGAUUAAUCCAUGUCAGUAUACUUAGAGCUAGGGCUGGACGAUAUGACGAUAGAAUAUUGAUGGUUCAUAAAUGAUAAAUUGCAUCGUGAUACAUGAUCUUUCUUUGAUAUCCCUUUUCUAUUUAUAAUUUAUUUUUUAAUUUUUACAUUGGAGGCAGAAUAUUUUGUUCUGAAUUUUUUAAAUUGUAACAUUUUUAAUUUUAUUUAUUUCAAAUGUUUUUCUAUUAAUAUAUAUUUGGUAUUUUAAAUACUUUUGACACCAAAGUAUCAUCGAAAAUCGUCAUAUCGUCCACCCCGUAGAAGCGUAGAAGUUUCAGCAUCUACUAGACAUAUCGUUUCCUACGUAAACUGCAUCCGAUGGCAUGUGCACUAGAAGGGAAGGAAGGAAGGAAAGAAGCGUCUGAACGUCGUGUCAUUCAGCAACCUGAUUUCAAGAAGUGAGCAAUUUUGUUUUAUGCCCAAAUACGUGUGGCAUCCAACGGAUAAAGGGAAGUGAUUCGCAGUAUUUGUGUGUGUGUGCGUGUGUGUGUGUGUCCGUCCAGGAAUGACGCCUUGUAGUCUUUUUCAAAAACGUAGUAAUCCAUUUUUUUUCAUCUCAAAGAAAAAAAUGGGAAUAUGAUCGACAUGGAAUGAUUGUCAUACGUGGAAUAGUAUAAACUUUUGUACAAGUGUUUCAUGUCUACGCUGUAGGAUCAGUUCUCUCAUGUUUUAC